AUCAUUUCCAUUGUAUUAAAAGUUCAUUUUCAAAACGAGGGACUAGUUGCCAAAAAUUUGCAACGGACCUGAUCCAUUAAUAAAUUGGGGCAGGUUGAGGCUUUGUUUGAUGGGGCUCCAACCCAUUAAAUUGCUGUCAAUAAUAAAAAGAAAAAAAAAAAACGGAUGAACUUACGUCUCGCUCAGUCCUCCAUUGAAGUGCACUCAACAUUGCACUUCACGUUCUCCAUCGAGGCCUUCUAGUACUUGUAUCCCCCAUUGAAGCAGCUUCUGAGGAUUGAACUAUGGAAUUAGACCUCUCCUUCCUGGGCUCAGCACGGCCGCCCCUCCUGCCCUGUCUCAGGGACGGGCCUGCUCUGUUAGUUGGUGUUCGAGUUAAAAAACCCGGGUUUUUAAAAAAACCCGGCGUUUUUAAAUGUGUUGCAACUCCACAGACUGCUUACACAAGCAAUGUAUCCCGAAAUCCAAAUAUAGCUAAGCUACAAGCCGGCUAUCUCUUCCCUGAGGUUGCCCGAAGAAGAGCUGCGCACAUGGCCAAAUAUCCGGAUGCUCAAGUGAUAAGCCUUGGAAUUGGUGACACUACUGAGCCCAUUCCUGAUGUCAUUACAUCUGCUAUGGCUAAGCGAGCACAUGAUCUUUCAACACUAGAAGGCUAUAGCGGUUAUGGAGCUGAACAAGGUGAAAAGAAAGUAAGAGCUGCGGUUGCUUCAGCAUUUUAUGGUAGCCUUGGUAUUGAAGAAGGUGAUAUAUUUGUCUCAGAUGGAGCUAAGUGUGAUAUAGCGCGCCUACAGAUGCUUUUUGGAUCAGAUGUCACAAUGGCUGUACAAGACCCAUCGUACCCGGCAUAUGUGGAUUCAAGUGUUAUAAUGGGCCAGACAGGACAAUAUCAGAAGGAUUCAGAGAAGUAUGGUAAAAUUGAGUACAUGAGGUGUAAUCCAGAGAAUGGCUUCUUUCCAGAUUUGUCUGCUGUUGGAAAGACGGAGAUUAUUUUUUUCUGUUCACCAAACAAUCCUACUGGUGCUUCUGCGACUAGAGACCAACUAACCAAAUUGGUGCAAUUUGCCAAGGACAAUGGGUCAAUCAUUGUUUAUGAUUCUGCAUAUGCAAUGUAUAUUUCAGAUGACAGCCCACGCUCAAUUUAUGAAAUUCCUGGAGCCAAGGAGGUUGCUAUUGAGACAGCAUCGUUUUCCAAGUAUGCGGGAUUCACUGGUGUUCGUCUUGGCUGGACUGUUGUGCCAAAAGAACUCUUAUUUUCAGAUGGAUUUCCCGUGGCAAAGGACUUUAAUCGCAUUGUCAGUACUUGCUUCAAUGGUGCUUCCAACAUAUCCCAAGCCGGUGGUCUAGCUUGCCUUUCUCCAGAAGGCCUCCAGGCAAUGAAGCAAGUCAUUGGUUUCUAUAAAGAAAAUACUAACAUAAUAGUGGAUACAUUCAAGUCCCUUGGUUUUAACGUAUAUGGGGGCACAAAUGCGCCAUAUGUGUGGGUGCACUUUCCUGGUCGAAGUUCUUGGGAUGUUUUCAGUGAAAUUCUUGAAAAGACUCAUGUGGUAACCACGCCUGGUAGUGGAUUUGGACCUGGAGGUGAAGGUUUUGUCCGUGUUAGUGCCUUUGGUCACCGGGAAAAUAUUCUGGAAGCCUGCAGAAGAUUCAAACAGUUGUACAAGUGAUAUGCUUGAACCAUAUUUUUUGCUCAUAGGGCUGUUAGUUUGAGCAGUGUUGGCCAUCAUAUCUUCUAUUUAGUAAGGAAUUUAAUAACUUAAAAUUGUUUUCUUUUUCCCUUGCCUUUUUUUUUUUUUUUUUUUUUUUUUUUUGGUUUACGUUGAUGAAUUUUUGCACAUUUCAUGAUUUAGUAGAAGCUAAGGUUGGGGUCAGAUCUGCUUGAGUCUUAACAAUUUGUAAAUUACCUUAUUGAAUGGCAUAGCAAAUUAAUCACCCUCACUCUUCCAAAA